AUCUAACGAGAACUCCGGUCGCUCUACCCGCUAGAAGGCCGUCCUCCACGUUUGCCAGGCUACAAGCAAGCAGCGCGCUGCUCGGCAAUGUACUAGAAAGAACGACCCGCCCCCGUACCUGCAAUCCGCGCGCCCGCCGUCGCCAUGGCCGCCGCCGUGCACAAGCUGCUGCACCCGAUCGAGCACCACCGCAGCAAGGAGGAGAACUCGCAAAACAACCAGUCCUCCUCUGCGCACGAUCGCCAGGACUCGGCCAUGGACCGCGCCCGCGACGAAGAGAAGCGAUCGCUCGCCCAAUGGCAGGAUCUGAAGACCCCCCUCGAGCCGGGCCAGAUAGACGAGCAUCCUGACCGGAAAAUGGUGGGCCAUUCGUCGGAUGUGCUGCGACAGGACGAUUUCGAGCUGAUCAAGACGUUGGGCACAGGUACAUUUGCGCGGGUAUGGCUCGUUCGGGUCAAGAACGCGCGAAACGGCGACGAGAGCAAAGUGUUUGCGCUGAAGAUCCUGCGCAAAGUCGACGUGAUCCGCCUCAAGCAAGUGGAACACGUACGGAAUGAGCGUAAUGUGCUUGCCGCGGUCGCCGGCCAUCCUUUCAUUACCACCAUGGUUGCGAGCUUCCAGGACCACGAUUCACUAUACAUGCUUCUCGACUACUGCCCUGGCGGCGAAGUUUUCAGCUACCUCCGAAGAGCGCGACGCUUUAACGAGCCGACGUCUCAAUUCUACGCCGCCGAAAUCGUUCUGAUAUUGGAGUUUUUGCACGAGAGGGAAGGGGUCGCAUAUAGGGACUUAAAGCCGGAGAACAUACUGAUAGACUCUGAGGGGCAUCUAAAGCUCGUUGAUUUUGGUUUCGCAAAGAAGGUGGAAAACAGGGAGACAUACACGUUAUGCGGCACACCCGAAUAUCUGGCACCUGAGGUUAUCAGGAAUACAGGACAUGGAACCGCGGUUGAUUGGUGGGCGUUCGGCAUUCUAGUUUACGAGUUCCUCGUUGGCCAGCCGCCCUUCUGGGACCAAAACCCGAUGAAGAUCUACGAGCAAAUUGUGGAAGGACGUGUUCGCUUCCCGUCGGCCAUGUCCCCCGAAGCUCGCGACCUUAUCUCCGGGCUCUGCACGGUCGACACAUCGAAACGCCUAGGCAACAUCAAAGGCGGCGCAGGUGCCGUCAAGGCACAUCCUUGGUUCCGGAAUAUCGACUGGGACGCCCUUUACCAUAGGAAGGUCAACGGUCCCAUCGUACCUCAUCUGCGUGGGCCAGCCGAUACACGCAAUUUCGACGAGUAUGAGCCAGAGUCGGCGAAUAGAGAGCCGUACACGCAAGAGAUGCGCGACAAAUGGGACGACUUUUUCCACGACUUUUAACGAACCAAGCAAUUUCAUGAACACAUACAAUCAAUGGGAGGCUUCGUCGGAGUUGGUGCGGGGUUGGGAGUUCAGAACAAGAAGAGCAGGAUAAGAUUCAAGAGAAGGUAAAAGUUUCACAUCGUUCUGUUGGAAG